AUGUAUGGGGGCAUCUUUGCCAGCCGCCGUGUCGGGGCGGUGCCUGAGCAACCGCUGAGACGGUACAUUGGGGGGCAUACCGAGGCCAUUGACACCCAUGGAGACGAAAAUACAUUGCAGUUGUGCAUUAUGAGUGACAAUGCGGGACUCUGCGUACCAGCACACGGCCGCAGUUGGUUCAAUCGACAUCACGUGCUUGGCGAUGGUGCCUGGCGGCUAGAGUUGCCUGCGGGUGUGCAGAUCAGAUGCAACGAUCCCCGAACGACAGGCGGAUGGUUGUGGAGCUUGAACGGUGUGGAAGGACCGAAACAGAAGAUCAUCACAUGUGCAGUUCCAUGCGCGCGUAUGAGCAUCGUCGAGAUGAUGAUCAGCUCAAAAUGGCUCUGA